GUGAAUGACGCAGAAAGCACAGUGGCAGUGGAGUUCACUCCCACCAUUCCUCACUGCAGCAUGGCGACGUUAAUCGGCCUCUCCAUAAAAGUAAAAUUGAUCAGAUCUCUGCCUGAGAGAUUUAAGCUGGAUGUUCAUAUAACACCAGGAACACAUGCCUCUGAGCAUGCAGUUAAUAAACAGCUUGCUGAUAAAGAACGUGUAGCGGCUGCUUUGGAAAACUCUCACUUACUGGAAGUAGUGAAUCAGUGUUUGUCUGCUCGAUCAUAA